AUGGACGAAUUAAUAACAACCAUUGGUAUUGGAACAUUUAGUAGAGUAUUUUUAACACGUCAUCGUACAGAUGACUAUGAAGAAUAUCAUGCGCUGAAAAUAAUGGCUAUACAUGAUAUCAUCAAACUCAAUCAAGUUACUCAUGUAAAUGAUGAACGAACGAUUCUUGAAAAUGUCCAACAUCCAUUUAUUGUUAGUUUUUAUGGAUCCUAUCGAGAUAAUCGCUAUUUAUAUUUGUCGAUGGAAUUUUUGCCAGGUGGUGAAUUGUUUUCCUAUUUUCGUCAAGUAGGUCGCUUUUAUGAGCCUGUGGUCAGAUUUUUUGUUUGUGAAAUCACACUUGCUUUGGCAUAUUUACAUAGUCUUUCCAUUGUUUAUAGAGAUCUGAAAUUGGAAAAUCUCGUACUCGAUAGAACAGGACAUGUGAAGUUAACCGACUUAGGUUUUUCAAAAUAUGUUCAAGAUAGAACCUAUACACUCUGUGGUACGCCUGAAUAUCUAGCACCUGAAAUGAUUCUUGCCGCUGGUGGCCAUUCAUUUGGUGUUGAUUGGUAUGCAUUGGGUAUUCUUACUUAUGAACUGCUCGUAGGACGAACUCCAUUUGCUCCGACAGAUUAUCGAAUUCAUCCAUCACAUACUUUUACGAAAAUUUUACAUGAACCGAUUCCUUGGCCAACUCUACCAUCAUCUCAUCACGGAGUGGUUAAUCGAGUUGCUCGUAAUCUAAUUCGAAAACUACUCGAGCGAGAUCGAACACGUCGUCUAGGUUGUAUGGCGGGUGGAGUUAAUGAUAUCAAACAACAUCGAUGGUUUCAAAAUAUUAUUUGGACAGAUAUUCUGGAACGAAGAGUUCAACCACCCAUCAUACCAAAAUUUGAUCAUCCAGGUGAUACACAAAAUUUCGAACUGUUUGAAGAUGAACUACCUCUAGCACCAGAAUGUACAAAAGAAGAAUUUGAUUUAUUUCAAGAAUUUUAA